GGGGUGGGCCAAUGCUCAAUUACAGCAUAACCCCGAUAGCGGAACAACUACUACUAAAGGCACAACAAAAUCUCAUUUGAAACUCACCAAGACCUCAGUGAGAAGGACCGUAGAACCCAACAUCGAGCUAGAGAAAUGAGACACAACGAGUCCACCGCCGUCUCGACGACCCGGGUGCUUCUCGUUCCCUAUGACGGCCGCCAUGUCCCAACCUACCACACCUGGAUGGAGGACCCCGCCAUCCAGGAAGCCACCGCCUCCGAGCCUCUCACUCUCGAAGAGGAACACGAGAACCAAGAAUCCUGGCGCGCCUCGCACGACAAGCUGACCUUUAUCGUCUGCGAGCCCCUACCAACCAGCACCACCACCACCACCAGCAGCAGCAAGGACACGCCCGUCCAGGCCGGCGAGGCUGACAGCCCCGAGCGCAUGGUAGGCGACAUCAACCUGUUCCUGUACCCCUACGAGGACGAGGGCGAGGACGACGAAGACGAGUAUGACGACGACGGGGCACACCCCACCGGAACGCCCACCUUCUGCGUCGGCGAAGUCGACAUCAUGAUCGCGGGGCAGCAGCACCGCGGGAAAGGGCUGGGCCGGGCGGCGGUGCGGGCCUUCCUGCACUACCUGGGGCGCAACGUGGGGCGCAUCAUGCGGGAGUAUGCGGCAGACAAGGACAUGAUGCCGGACGCGGCGCCGGGGUUGAAGUUGUUGAUGGCCAAGAUCAACCGGGGCAACGAGGGGAGCCUGGCGCUGUUCCGGAGUCUGGGGUUCGAGCAGGAGGGGGAGGUGAAUUACUUUGGGGAGGUGAAGCUCGUGUUUCGGCGGCUGGACACGUUGGCGGCGGAGGAGCCGGAGGGGUACGCAGAACUGGUCUAUUCGCGAGAGCAAAGCCAAGACGGAAAACAACAACAUGAAGAACAACAAUAAACCCAGUUUUUUUCCGUUUCGUGAAAAGCAACGCCA